UUUUCUUGCAGUUGAGCUGUCAAAGUGAAGAAAUGAAAAAAAAUUUUCAGCAGCUCAUUGGAACAAAAAUCUUAUUAGAAAUCAUUAAAAACUUCUAUUUUUAUUGAGAAAAAGACUUGGAAAUAGAUUCGAAUUGUUUGCGCAGAGUGUUUUGUGAAAAAUAUGUGAAACAAUAUAAAUACUCGGGUGAUACAUCAAAUGCAUUUCUGUAAAUCUGUGUAAAAAAUGCUGUGGUGAAGGAGAGGUUGAAAGUCAAUCGACAGCAAGAAAUAAAACUGCUGUGCCAGACGUGUUUUAAAUAUUAUUAAAUAUUAAAAAAAAAUAAGUCUUCAGAAUUAUUUUGUACAAAAAAAAAAGUUUCAAAGUAUCAGUAACUAAACAAACGAACGACGUAGAAAAUUCAAAGUAGGACGUGGAUAAAAGGUGAAUCAAAAAUGUUUUGGGACAAAAGCUAUACACCGUCACAGAAUAUAGAGGCGCUGCUGGAGAAAGAGAACGUUACAGUGGAAGAAUUUCUGGACGAUGAUGACAUAUUACUGGAGUGUAGAUCACAAAAAAAAACUAUUGUUAAUUAUUUCACUCGUCCUGAUGUAAUAAAGCGCCUUGUUGAACUCAUUACAACAGAACCAUCUGAGAAUCUACCUUUGGCACAAAGAUAUCGACAUGCAAAUAUGGCUUGUGAAAUUUUAACGUUUGGUUUACCGUCCCUAGAUGAGAAGCUUUUGUCAGAUGAAGAUAUAUUAAAAACACUUUAUUCAUAUCUGGAAAACGAACCACCGCUGAAUCCUUUGCUAUCGUCAUUUUUUAGCAAAACAUUUAGUAUGCUCUUCACAAAAAAGGCUGAACAAGAUUGGUUUUUGUAUCAACAAAUGUGCCUAAAACUCUUGGAAUACAUUAAGUCGCAAAAUAAUUUUUUGGAUUUGAUUUGUAAGCAUUUUUUCACACCCGUCAUACCCGAUUUAAUAAUGCAAAUGAUGAGGGAUGUAGAAGGUGGUCAAAUGAAAAGGAAUUUAUAUGAAUGGCUCACUGGAGAUAAACUUGUAGAGAGACUGAUUGCAAUAAUUGGUAAUCCUCAAGAAGCCGACAAACAUACAAAUGUUGCGGAAUUCCUCUGUGAUUUAAUACAGCAAGGUCGUUCCAUGCGUUACUUGGAGCAGGAGAACGACACUUUUGAGCCCACAUUCGAUGGUUCGAAUCCAAUUUUGAAAUCUAUCGAGAGUGAGCGAAAUGUUGAAGCCUUGUUGAAUGUGAUUUUGGAACCAAACGCGCAAGAGAGCGCAAUCGUAUCAGGAAUAUCGGUUGUACUUAUUCUUCUAAAACCUGUGGUGUUUACUGAAGAACCUAAUUCAGAUCGUAUGAAAAUCAUACAAGAUCGUGAAAAGGAGUGUAGUGAACAAAUACUCUCUACUGUGAUCCGUGUCAUUGCACCACGUCUUAAAGAUUUCAAUGAGCUACUCAGAAACCCGCCAAAUAAACCAGAAAUAGUGACUACAGCAGCUAAGCUAUCACAGCCUUUUGGGAUGACACGUUUGCAAAUCUGCCGUAUUUUUACAGUAUUAUUGCAAACAAAAAACGAAGAGAUUUUGAAUACCGUCUGUGAAACGGAUUUUUUUGAAACUCUGCUCACCCUCUUCAAGCAAUAUUGUUGGAAUAAUUUUUUGCACAGCGAAGUUGAAAAGUGUCUUCAAUUAGUAUUUUAUACGCAACUAUCAAAAAACAAUAAUUCAAUGCAAGGCAGUACAAUAGGAAAUGAUGGAUCUUUCAAUAAAACGGAAAAUAAUAUCGAACAUACCUCGUUUUUCGAUUUCGUUUUCAAGUCUGAUAAUAGAAAAGGCGUUGAUAACAACGAAGCUACUGAUGAAAGCGACACUGUUGAAAAGGAAGAUGAAAAGUCUUCAGAAAAAGAAGAUAUUGAAAUGAAAACGGAUGAACAAAUUCCCGAUGAUAAAGGCGAAACAAUAAACGAAGAUAAAUUAGAAAACAUUGAUACCACAUCAAAUGUUAACGCCAUGGAAACGGAUGAUGGUACUGUAGAAAAGGCGGCAGAAAAUGAAGAAAAGCCGCCUGUUCCAGAUUUCGUUGGUGACAGAGAAAGUGCAGAAAACAAGCAGAACAAAACCAAAGUUGACACCGAUACUGGUCCGUCCGUAUUACAAAUACACGUGAUUGAAAAGUGCAAGCUAAUUUCAAAAUUAAUUGACUGCUGGAAACAAAACACAGACAUGGAAUCAACCGAAAAGGGCCGUCGCCUCGGCUAUAUGGGACAUUUAAUAAAAAUAUUCAAACAUAUUACGAAUAGUAUAUCAGAAUCUAAACAUAUCGGUGCCUUAAUUGAGAGUAAUUUAAGUGAUGAGUUUGAGUUAAAAUUGUGGCAAUCAAUAAUAAAUCCAACCGAUGGUGAUCUUACAAAGGCCUUAGCCACACAAAGUAAAAUGUUAGCGAAUUGUAACGCUCAUGAAGCGGGUGACUACAGUCAACAUUUACCAAAAGAUUUUCUGGGUGAUAAUAGUACUUGGGAUUACAUAAUGUCAUCAAAUGUGAUGUCAACGAAUAUGAUCAAUAACCUUGGCUUCAGUGAUUCCGGCUCAAACGACAUAGUUUUUGCGCUUGAACAUGACAUCUAUCGCAAUAAUCUGCUCGAAAACGAUCAUAACGCCGAAAACGACCUUAAUUUGUUUCAGUUUGGUCGCAAUAUAGACGACGAUGAUGACAACAACGAUGAAAACAAUGCUGGCGGUGACAGCAGCGGCGGCGGCGGCGGCAGUGGCAACGGUUCAUCGCUCUUCGGCAAAAAUGCCAUUUCAACAUCAGCACUACAAGCAUUCGGUGUAACCAACAACCCGUGGGAUCACAUGGAUCCAUUCAGCGAUCUAACUGCGAAUAGCAAUUCUACACCUUGGGCAACCGACUUUAGCUCGGAUAAUUUUGCUGAUUUCGAUUCGCAUUUUAGUUCGUUCACCAAUGAUUUAGGGGAGAGUUUGAUUAGUGCGGCAACCACAACAUCUGGAACUGCUGCGAUUAAAGAGAAUAGCAACGACGAUGAUGACGAUCGCAACAAUAGUGGCAGCGGCGUUGGGGUUGGUAAUCAGCAACAGCAGAAUACGACUGACAACGGUACAGCCUUGAGUGGCACUGGUCGACCCGUUGCAACAGGGAGUAAAUCCGAAACAGGCUAUGAUAAUAACGCAAAUGUAGAGAGAAAUGAAACGUUGGUAACGCAAGAAAUUGGCGAAUUUGCCGAUGGUACGGAUGCUGUUGAUGACGACGAUGUAGAUGUGUCGAAUGAGAAGGCCAUGGCCACUUCGCUAGUGCGUACAUUACAAUCGGUCAUGCAGGAUUCAGAGGAUGACUACGAGGAUGAUGAAGGCAUGUGGACAAAACCGCUGGGCGGUAGCGCGGUGGAUGCGUCCGAUGACAAAUGUGAUGAUGAAUGCGAGUCGCAAACUAAUAAGCUGCGCUUCACCAACGGCCCAAGUAGCAAAGAUGUUCACGAAAAUGAAAAUACACAUAAAUUAAACAAAAUUGAUGAUGAUGAUUCCAACACAAUUGCAACGGCGAAUAUUAAUGAUAUCGAAGGUAUUGAGAGUAUUAAAGGUGCUGCUGUGGUUGGUAAUACAAAACGUACAGGCAGUUUCACAUCGUCGGACGGCGUCAAUGAUGUGGGGUGCAAGGCUACAGCGAUGACCAACACAACAUAGGCCAGUAAUGCUGUUGAGAUUGCGCCAACAACAACAACAACAUAAGUGAAUUGUGCUGGUACAUGAAUACAAUACAAGAAACACAUACAUGCAUAUGUACAUACGUAUGUCAUACGUAUCUACUUACAUACCUAUAAAUACAUAUAUAUUAUAGUACGAGUAUAUAUAUAUAAGAAAACGCUCAAAGACACGCAUCGCACUGCAAGCGAAACACUUCAUUUGACGCGCCAAAAAGCGUCAUGCCAAAGGUUGAGGUACCGCCCAUGUAUAAACUUAGAAUUAAAACUAUACCAAUCAAUAUACAUACAUACUAUACAUAUACAUAAACAUACUCAAACAUAAGCACGCAAAUGCACUAACGCAUGGUCGCUGUACGCAGACAGGUAUUCUACAUAUAACAAAUAGUCAUACACACAUAAAUAAAUGCAAAAAAAACAAAAAAAAAAAAACAAAAACAAAAAAAAAGCAACAACAGUUAGCCAUUCGUAUAAACUGGAAUAAAUGUAUAUAUAUGGAGUGUGAUUAGAAACAGAAAAUAGUAGUAAAUGAAAAGCGAAGGUAAGAAGAACAACAACAACAAUAUAAUGUAAAUACAUACAUACAUAUAUGUCAAUAAGAGCGCAUGUUGCAACGUCUAUGCAUAUACAGGAGGGUUUGUCGGAUCAAAUUGCACCUAUAGAAAAAUACAAUGUUGCAUGAAUGUUGAUGAAGAGCGCGCAACACGGCAUUGCAACAUUCGUAAGCAAGCUUCCUUGUUUGAAACGAUGUAACGAAAUGUAACCUUUUGAAGUAUUGAAAUACAAUAUUUCCAAAAACCAAAAAAAAAAAAAACAUUAUAAUAAAUAAAAAAUUUAUUGGAAUUAUGAAAAAAGAGCAACACACGAUUUUGUAUAGAAUAAUUAAACAAAAAACAAGGGUUUGUUCGUAAACGCAGUAUUAUAGGUAGUUGCAUUGCGCGAUUGACGUUAGCAAAAAGGCCUUUCGCGCGGCUGUUUGAAUAAAAAGUAUUUUAAUAAUAGGAUUUCUGGAGCCAGUGCAGUAAGUAUUUUGCUGUUGCGAGAAAUCGAAGCCAAGUUUAAAAGUCAAUCAUGGAGUGCAACUAUAAUACUGCCCCAAACAAACAAGCCCCAAGGUUGAAAUUAUUAUAUUUAAAUCUGCUGAUACAGUAAUGCAAAGAAAAGAAAAAAUGUAAACAAGCCAAUAUGAGUAUAAUUUAUAUUCUUUGUAUUAUAUUUACUUUAUAUGUUUUUGCGUAGAGGUGAAAUUAACGAAAGUGCGUACGCAUAUGCAAGUAACAAUAAAGGGUGUGUGCAGAGUUGAAUAGUUGUGUUAAAUGUUUGUGGCGAAAUGUGCUGCGACGAGUUUAGAAAAUCCAACUUCACGUCACUAGUAGACAAUUUUCGGUCUUGAAGCACUUUUGGGAGCCUCUUCGUGCAAUAAGUGACAACUACAUUAGCAACAACAAUUAGAUAUUCCG